AUGGCAUUUUUCCGUGAAUUGAUUGACAUUUUGGCUCCCGCCUACGCUACAGCCGAAGAUCCUGAUGUUGAGGACCAGGUGGACGACACUGCUAUAGACUCUGGCUCUGAACCUCAAGCCAAAAUAGCAGAAGAUAACAAAGCUGACAACGCAGCUAAGAGAGCUAAUGCCGGCCUUGAUGAACAGAAUGCAGAGGGAGGAGACGAAGAUGAGGAAAAAGAAGAAGAAGAAGAAGGAGAUGACGAAGAAGAAGACGAAGACGAAGAUGACGAAGACGAAGAGGAAGAAGAAGACCAAUUAGAAGUCCUGAAAAAACAAUGUCAAGAGACACCAAAGUGUAAGCCAUAUCUUCACCAUUUGCACGAAUGUAUCGAGAGAGUCACCAAAGAACAGGAGGAAGACGGCUACGAUGAGAAGGAUUACAAAGAAGAUUGUGUGGAGGAAUUCUUCCAUUUGGAGCACUGUAUCAACGACUGUGCUGCUCCUCAAUUAUUCUACAAGCUCAAAUAA